CUCAACUUUUUUGGCCCAUCGAGUCACAAUUUCUCAAGAGUAGUGGGAGCCACAUAUCAUGCAUAUACCUAUUGUAGUUGUUGAAAAACAAUCUUCCCUCAACCAAGCCAAUAAAGUAUAUGCGACCAUACCUAUUAGGGCUGGCAGACGGUUUUCCGGUUAGUAGUUAACCGGACGGUUUCAACCGAACCGACCGGUUUUCGGCUAACCGAAAAACCGAACCUGAAGAGCACGGUCGCUUGACGGUAGAGAAAAUCAGGGGGCCGGUUAGCCUACUAACCGGGGUCGAAAACCGGCGGUUAACCGGCUAACCGACCCCCUGCCCUUUCCUUAAACGAUGCCGCAUCCAAAGCCAUCUUCCCCCCCUAGAGACCCGACCCUCUUCUCAAAUCCCAAAUCAACCAAACCCUAUCCCAAAUCCAUUCCCCAUUUCCCCUUCCCCUAGAGACCCGACCCUCUUCUCUUCCGACGGUCCCGACGGCAGGACCCGACCCUCUUCUCUUCCGACGGACCCGAACAAGAAGCUCCCUCACAAUUUUCUGCCUUCCCCUUCACUGCCCCUAUUCCCAUUAAACCCAUUUUGCUCCCUCCUCCGCCUGAACAAGCUUCUCUCUACUUCACCCAGCUUUCCCAUUCAUUCCCAUUACCCCAAACAAAACCCAAAAAAAUGCAUGCCAAAACCGACUCCGAGGUUACCAGUCUGGCGCCGUCAUCGCCGACCAGAUCUCCCCGCCGCCCGGCCUACUUCGUCCAGAGCCCCUCCCGCGACUCCCACGACGGUGAGAAGACCACGACGUCGUUUCACUCCACCCCGGUCCUCAGCCCCGUCGCCCCGCCGCCAACACCAGCAGAAUCGAGAGAGAGAAUCGAGGGAGGAGGCGAGAAUAGGGAGAGAGAUAGGCUGGGAAGAAGAAUCGAGGGAGUUGGUUGUUCGAUUUUCCUUCCAGAGGAAGAAGGGAAUCGAGAGAGAGAGUAGGGAGAGAGAUAGUCUGGGAAGAGAAUCGAGAAAACGGAGGGGAAGAAGAAUCGAGAAACGGAGGGGUUAGGUUAGGAGUGUGUGGUGCAGAUUUUUUGUUGCUUUUAAUUUUUUUUUUUUUUUUUAAAGGUAGUUUCCGGUUGGCCAGCUAACCGAGUCAAAACCGGAAACCGGUCGGUCGGUUUGCGGCUAACCGAGGCUCACGGACGGUCGGUUGGCGGUAGCUCUGGUCGAGGUCUCGGUUUGACCGAUAACCGACAAUUCGGUUUUCGGUUAAACCGAAACCGACCGAGUGACAGCCCUAAUACCUAUCAACUUAUUUCCUUGUGGCAUCCGCACCCAACGCACCAAUAUGCUUCACUAGCCGAGGAAUCAAGAGUAUUUUGACUUGCUUGGUGGUGUCAGUCCUUCUUUUUCGGAUGGUCUCUCCAUUGACACGUAGAUACCCAUCUGCUCAAAUAUUAAUGACCCCAACCGCCAAUCGGGUACUUCAAACUCCUUAUUAUGGUCUUUCCAUUGAUUGGCCACUUGGUAAGCAAGGAGACAACAUGACCAUCAUCUCUCCCUCCAGAAGGUAAAAUGUGUGUCUUCUUCCUCCACCUCUCUACCAAAGUCGUAAGGAGAUUGUAUUCGAUAUCCAUCCCAAGUCCCAACUAAUAACUGCACCUCGCCAAGCAUGCUCUUUCAAGAAAAGGCUCGAUCCACUUAUCCCAUAGGAGAAGGGGGGUGUCCCCUUAUGGAUGAUGGAAUCAUGUUGUUCCUAUAUCAAAGAAAAAAAAAUGAACAAAUUAGUUUUGGAAUAAUUAAGCAACACAAUCACGUUUAAAAAAAAUCAGGAGGUAUUUUUUUUUUUACAAUGUCUAGAAUUUGUCGAGUAUCCGCCUAAAUAUUUUGGACUCAAGGUAUGGCUUCCCAUCCAGCAAAUGAGGGUCUCUCAUACCAGAAUGAAUAUAUAUUUUAGGAUCGUACAUCUCGCCCCAAUCUAUUUAGAAAUAAACAUAAUAAAUCAAUCACCAUAUAAUUAUAAUAAGAAAAAUGAGAAAAUGAAGAUUUUUCAUUGGUGGGUCGGGUCAGUUCUGUUUUAGUUAGCGGGUCUGGUCUGGUUUGGUUAGGUUUAGCUGACAUGGAGGGUUUAAAUGACGUGGCGGGUCGGGUCAGUCAAUUUUGGGCUUAAAAAGUGGUGAUUAGGCAAAUCUGUCAGCCACGUCAUCACUUAACGGACGCCGUUAACGGUGUUGGACGGCAGCUAACGGAGAGUGACCAUAAAUGAACGGUUUUUGUAAAGUUAGUGACCAAAAAUGGAUUUAAAUAUUUAGAGUGACCAAACAUGAACGCUUUUUGUAAUCUCAGUGACCAACCAUGCAAUUAACCCUUUUUUUUUUUGCAAAAGGAAGCAAUUCGCAAAGGAGUUGAGCGGACAAGGGAGCCAUAGAUCUUUCCCUCGAUCAAUGUCUGUAAGGUCCUCUCACCAACAAUCCGUAUAGCUGGAAACGGGCCAAUCAACGAGUUGCAAAUCGUUUAUGAGUCAUGCGAUCCAACGCCAUGCGCAGUUCAUCGCGUUAGCUGCCCCUUAGCAAUAUGUGUUGUCAGAUAUGCACCAAUUGCAUGCAUUGCUAAGCGUGAACUGUGUAAAUCGCUCUAAUUUUGGACAAAGAACUCUGUCCACUCUUCUUUCCAUUGAAUAGCGUAGGUCGUUUCUCUAGUAAGCGAACCACAACAAAUGUGCUUCAAAAUCAAAGAAUCACUUUAAA